GACUUGUUACCGCUUUCUUAGCCUAUGAAAAAAAUAAAAUUAUUUCUUGAAUGCACCAAAUGUAAAUAGUGGAAUCUGACAGUAUUUAAAUGGCGGACGAUUUGCAAAAUUACAAACUACAGUUGCAACAAGUAGAGGCUGCUCUUCAAACUGAUACAGAAAAUGAAGAGCUAUUAAAACUCAGAAGUGAUCUUGGCGAAGUUAUUACUCUUACUCGUGAUUUGAUACAAACUCAACUUGAAGAACAGCAUAAAUCUUCCUAUGUGGAGCCAUCCUCAACUAAAAGAGAUUCCUCUAACUAUUUCGACGAAAUCGAAGCUGCUUUGUUAGAAGCAGAAAAAUUAGUUUCAGCUGCAAAGAUUUGGAAAAAAGGAGACAAGUGCCAAGCAAAAUGGAAGGAAGAUCGUCAGUACUACGAUGCAACUAUUGAAGACAUAUCAAGUACAGGAGAAGUUAAUGUAAUAUUUGAUGCUUAUCAAAAUCGUUCUACGACCCAAAUCAACGAGUUGCGAGAACGCACUACUCGCAACGAAGUUUUUCCGUCAAACAAACGUCACAGGCCCAAUCAAAAAGAAUAUUUAAAAAAACGUAAACAAAAAAAACAACAACGCUUCAAGGACUUGGAAGAGGAACGUGAAUCAGACAAAAACAAAUGGCUUAAUUUUAAUAACAAAAAUCAAAAAAGGAACGGAGUGAAAGCAAGAAGUAUAUUUGCCUCUCCGGAUAAUGUAAGCGGCAGAGUAGGAGUCGGCACUUGUGGAACUGCAGGAAAGGGCAUGACCGAUUUUACUGUAGGUGAAAAAUAUAGAAAAGGACUUUAGAAUAUUGUUAAUUACACGGUACAAUAAAAAUAUAAGAAAAAAGAA